CUUUUCAAAACUUUAGAUUACCAUCAGAAUAUAUAAAAUUACCAUUACAUUGUUAUAUUUUGAUGUUCCGAGUUUUUUUUUUUUUGAUUUAAAGAAGUUCUAAUGCUCUUAAAAUAGAGGUAUUUAAAUAUAAACCUGUUUUUAAUGGAACAGAAAUGAUGACUUUAAACGAAAAACAAGCAGAUAAUAAUGAAGAUACUGCAACUGAGAAUGCUGCUCCGGAAGAAACGGAUGAAAAUGAGAAAUUUGCACUUAGUGAAUACGUUUCUAACCUAGAAUCUAGGAUUAAACAAAAGUCAGAAUUGCGAAGUCAAAAUUUAAACUGUGUCCGACCACCGGAUAACUAUUUUUCUAAAUUAGACUCUGGCUUAAAGAAAAACACGACAUUUGUUAAAAAACUAAAAUCUUUCAGUGCACCGCAAGUAGACGUUCUUUUAAAAGACUUAGGAGCUCUCAAUCUUACUAAAUACAUUUCUGAAGUAGCUGCAGCUAUUGCUGAAGCUAAACUUAAAAUGUCUGAUAUCCCAGCAGCUAUAAAUCUGUGUUCUGUUCUUCAUCAAACAUAUUCUGAAUUCUCCACAUUCUUUUUUGAAAACUGGCAAAAAAUCUUAACAUUUAAAGCGACAGAUAAAAUAACAAAUUCAUCAAAAUUGCGUGUAGAUUUAAGAUUCUAUGCAGAAUUGAUUGCUGUAGGUAUAUUUACUAAUAAAAUGGGGCUUCCACUUCUCGGCAGUGUACUUACGGUUUUGAUAAACAUGGACAAAGAAGAUCAUAAUAAUAUUUCAAUAUUGUUGUCAUUUUGUAAACAUUGUGGAGAAGAUUAUGCUGGACUGAUUCCAAAGAAAAUUAAAGAUAUAGCAGAGAAAUACAGUGUAACAGUACCAAGAAAUACAUUCUUGCCAGCCGAGAAACAGACUGCUGUUAGGUCUCUUCUAAAAGAUUAUUUCUCAUCUCUUACAAAACAUCUUUUAGCUGAAAGAGCUCAAUUGCAAGCUCUACAUGCAGCAAAUCAAAGAACAUUACACACUAGAGGUGAAUUGUCUCAAGAAAGGAAAGACCAAUUAGAGCAGCACCAGGCAACAUACGACAAACUGCUAACAGGUGCACAGAACUUUGCAGAAGUGUUAGGUGAAGAUUUAGGGGAAGCAGGAGAGCCUCCCACUCUUUCACUAGUCGUAAUAGAGACUCAGGGGACCGUAACCAUCGGAGGCAAUGAGGAGAUUAUUAUGCAAGCAGGCACCGAUCCUUGGCAGGAUGAAGAUACAAGAACUUUUUAUACAAGUCUUCCUGAUUUGAAAGUUUUUAUGCCUAACUAUCAAAUGAAAGAGGCUGUUAAAAGUAAAACAGAAACAGUGACUGAGGAAAUGUUAGAUGAAGAUUUAAAGGAAGAUGAGCUUAGCGAUCCUGAAGAACCUCCAGUAGUAGCUGACGUAGAACAGGAAGAGGCACAACCGACCAAUGUGUCUAACAAAUUCGCACUAGAUGCGUUUUUAAAUGAAUUGCCAAAUUGUAUUAACAGAGAGUUAAUAGACAAUGCAGCAGUGGACUUUGUUUUAAAUCUUAACACGAAAAAUAAUAGAAAAAAGUUGACAAGAGUCUUAUUUAGUGUCGCAAGAACAAGGCUUGAUCUACUGCCAUUUUAUUCAAGAUUUGCUGCUAUAUUGUACCCUGUUCUACCAGAUGUUUGUGUAGAUCUUUGUCAAAUGUUGAAACAAGAUUUUAGAUAUCAUGUUAGAAAGAAAGAUCAGAUAAAUAUUGAGUCCAAGAUAAAAGUGGUCAGAUUUAUUGGCGAACUAGUAAAAUUUGGCUUGUACUCAAAAAUAGAAGCAUUGUAUUGCUUAAAAGUUCUACUCCAUGACUUCAAGCAUCAUCACAUAGAAAUGGCAUGCAAUUUAUUGGAAACCUGUGGCAGAUACUUAUACUGCAAUCCAGAUACUCACCAAAGGACUAUGAUUUACUUACAACAAAUGAUGAGAAAGAAGAUUGUUUCAGCUCUAGACUCACGAUAUGUUACACAAAUAGAAAACGCAUUUUAUUAUGUUUGCCCUCCGGAAGCACCAGCUCAGCCUAAAGAAGAAGAACCUCCCAUGCAUCAGUUCAUACGAAAAAUCCUACAUGAAGAUUUACAAAAGAGUAAUGAAGAAAAAAUUUUAAGACUGAUGAGAAAAUUAAAUUGGGAUGAUCCUGAAAUUUCUUCUGUAGCAGUACAGCAUUUGGCUGGCGGUUGGAGGGUGAGAGCAAGUGCUAGGAGAGCAUUGGCUCGAUUAACUGCUGAAUUAGCUGCUUGGCAAGAAUCUGUGGCUCCGGCAGUUGUUGAUACAAUAUUGGAAGAAAUUCGAGUUACAAUGGAGGAUCCACACCCAAGAUACAAUCAAAGAAGAAUAGCUACUGUGAGAUAUCUUGGAGAGUUGUACAACUAUAAGUUGUUAGAUUCACGAGAUGUUUUUACAGUACUCUACUCAUUCAUUACAUUUGGUGUUACUAACGAUCAUAGCAAUGUAUCACCAUUAGAUCCUCCUGAUAACGUGUUCAGAAUAAGAUUAGUAUGCGCUUUGCUGGAGACAUGUGGUGCAUAUUUCAAUAGUGGAUCAAGCAAAAAGAGGCUAGAUUAUUUUUUAGUGUUCUUUCAAAACUACUAUUGGUUUAAAUAUUGUGACCCAUUUUGGACCGAAGAAAAUAAAUUUCCAAUAUAUGUCAAAUAUAUUUACCAAGAAUGUUUAACUAGCUUGAGACCUAAGUUGAUACUGUUUUCUGACUGGCAACAAUGUAAGGAUGCUAUUGAAGACAUUAGACAGACGCUAUACCCAGAAUUAGGUGAAGAGGAACAAUAUGACAAUGAUGAUCAAGGUGAAGAUAGUGUUGCAGAUGGUCUAAAUACUAUUAUAGAAACCGAUGACGAAACAGAUAACCCGACGAUACCCGAAGAAAGUUCAGAUGAAGACCCCAUCACUGAAAAUACCGUUAAUGAUGAUAAUGACGUUCAAACAGAAGAAAUGACUAUUGAACCACGGAGGCCGACGCCAAAACCUGUCGAAGACGUAGAAUUCGAGUCGGCAUUCGAGAAGAUGGUAGUGGAGAAUAUUGCAGAAAGACAACGUGAGAGUAGACCGCAACAAAGAGAUAUAGCUGUCCCAAUGACUUGUCGUCAAACUACAAAAAAGACAUACGAGCAAUUAUUGCAAGGCAAAGAAGGCGUAGAAUUUGUAUUAAUGGUUAGGAAAGGAACAAAACCACAAUACAAAUCUUUUAGUGCUCCACCUGAGCUGGCCAGCAACCUGCAACAACAAGCAUUAGCUGAUAAACAAGAAAUGGAAAGAGUAAAACGUUUAACAUUAAAUAUAUCAGAGAGACAAGAAGAAGAAGAGUACAGUGCAGAGAGUGGAGGUGGUUCAGGAGGAAGCGGCAACCCUAACAGAGGACAGCAUGUUCGACAAAAAUAUCAGCAUCCGAAAGGAGCUCCAGAUGCAGAUCUCAUAUUUGGACCAAAAAAGUUUAAAUAAUACUGAUGUUUUCUAAUGCUUACGCGAAAUCACUCAUUAUAAUGAAACAACCGCCCGACGUUUCAGAUACUUUACAGCAACCAUGGUCGCAAACCUCAUAUGAAAAGUUGUUUCAUUAUAAUACUGAUGUUGAAUUAAUUUAGCAAUUAUUAUUACGUUUUAUAUCAAUAAAUAUAGAUGAAA